GGUCAGCCAAGAGCGUUUCUUACUUGCAUCUUCAGCGCUUCCGCGAUGACCUGAGCCCCGCUGACACAUUCUUCUUCCUGCCCUGCCGGAGCCAUCGCUUCCACAACCGUCUUUUCCCGAGGAAAGGGAGAGACAAGCGACAGGCUAACUUGAAACCACGCUGAGGUACGGCACCAUCGGCCAAUGAAGGAAGCGCUAACCGCGUGAUUGACGCGCGCCGCCGUUCAAUAGGAAAAGGCUUCGAGCCUAGCUAAUAGGUGGGGGACGUUAAAUGGGCGGAGCCGUUGGAGCAGCCCGCCUCCAACCACCCCUCACUCUGAUGGAGAAGGGUUGGGCGGGGGGAGGGGGGAACGCUAGAAGAAAGGCUCUCAAUUGGCCUCUUGCUUAGCCAAUCCGAGCCCGUAAAUUGGGAACACGGAAGGCAGAUGCGUGGCUGAGGUUUCUUUGCUUAUUUACCUGACAGGGAGUUGAAGCGGAUUGCAGAUAAAAUAAGAACAAAUAAAAACAAACAUUAAAAGAAUUGAAAUUAUCUAUCUGUAAUAUCUGUGUAUAUAUAGAUAUAUGUGUAUAUAUAUAUGUGCGCGCGCGCAUAUAUGCGCAUAUAUAUAUAUAUAUAUAUGCACACGCAUGCUAUUAAAACAUAAGACUAUUAAUAAACAAAAACACCAGCCCCCUCAUUAAAAGCAGCCAGGUCCCCAAAACCUGUUGGAAGAAGAAGGUCUUCACCUGCCAGCAAAAGGAUAAGAAGUCUAUGGCUUUAAUGGGUGUUCCUGCGCUAUAUAGUUGUGUAAUGUGUCUGCUGUGAAAAAUUAGCAGCAACUCGGGAUGUUUUCCCAGUCUUAUAACAACACACAUGUUGCGCUUUGUAGUGGAGAAGGGGGACUGCACUCCUUGCUCUUAUCAAUUUCAAGUUUUUAUUUAGCUUUUAUAGAUGUUUUCUCCAUUGCAGGUUUUUAUCGAAUGGUUUUUUAAAAACAACAACCAAUAACCAUGUUUUAAUGCUACUGCAAAUUGCUUUGAGAAGCUGCCUGACCUCGAAAAGCUGGAUUAUUAUUUUUUUGGAAAUAAUUAUAUUAUCAGGUGCCUCUUUGUUAAACUUGGUACCGUUUUUAACAUAGGAAGCUGCCUUAUCCCGAAUUAGACCAUUGGGUCCUGCUAGCUUAGUGCUGUCUACACUGACUGACAGCAGUUCUCCAGGAUUUCAGACAGGUGAAUCGGCCACCUGCAGAUGUCAGUGGUUGAAACUGGGACCUUCUGCAUGCACAUGGUCUAUUCUUGAACUACAGCUUUUCUUAUUUUAAAUAUUUUUUUUAAAAAAAAACCAGACUUGAAAAGGGAUAUUUUAAAUGGGCAAGCUAUCUAUCUAAAUCACUGUGUAAGCUUCCUAGUGAUAAGAAUUACAUCUUCUCCAUCUGUAUCUUGUCUUUCAACAGCUGCACCAGCAGCCGGAGUAUGGUGAGAAACUGACGUUUCCCCACGAAGCUCUCACAACUUUCUUGCAAAUUAUUUCUAGAUAUGACGACACUUAAAAACUGGAAAAGCCAGUCUAUUAUUUCAGUACAUUUCAAGGUGUAGCAUUCUGUUUUUGUCUGUUAUGCAUUAUGAAAAUAAUGUAGCAAUCAUGAAUAAAUGCAUGGGUGUGGUAUAGAUGGGUAGCACUGCCAUUUUCUAAGGCCAUGUUGUACAGUAUUAUGCCUGGGAUUCAUAGGAACACAUGCUUAGUUCUGCACAGUGCUUUUUUUUCCUAAAAAAUGUUUAGGGGUGCUCUCAUUUUCCUGUUAAUAUUGAAGUACUGCCCCUCAAUGAGGCCAAACUUAGAUUCACAAAAUGUUUAGGGAUAUGCGUACCCCCAGAAAAAAAACACUGGUUCUGCGUGUCCAAGGGGGCUUUAGGCUUAUUUUUAUUGAAUAAUAACCAUGUGGCAAAACCCUUUGAAACUGAAGGGACUUUUGAAAGCUGCUUAUAAUAUGUGUGAGAGUCUGCAGAUCAAAGAAAAGAGACCCUGGUGUGCUUAAAUAAGGGAUUCAGAUCCCAGCCUGUUCAUUUAUGUAUGUAUGUAUGUAUGUAUGUAUGUUGAUCAAUUUAUGUCGGAAGGUUCUAAGGCUUAUGGCCUAAGCUCUCCACAGGUUCUCAGGACAGCUUACAAAAAGUUAAAAAGACAGUGAAACACAUAAAAACAGAAACAGUAAAACACCACAAUAUAAAAGCAGCCGGUGGAAUUAAAAACCAACACCAAGCAACAUAAAAUACCGUAAAUGUAUUGCUGAUUAAAGAAUCUGGUAAAACAAGAAGGUAUUUGCUUGGUAUUGAAGUGACAUCAAGAUCGGUGUCAGGCAAGCCUCCCUGGGGAGAGCAUUUCAUUAUGGGGUGCCACCAUCAAGUAGGCUCUUCCCCCAAUACACACUUCAAAUGAUAGGGGCAUCAAAAGAAGCUUUUCUUGAAGAUCUCAGGAGACAAGUAUUCUGUGUUACUUCUGUAGUACAGAACUUUGCAGAGGGAAUGAGUACAAAAAUGUUUUAUUACAAGCAUUUGUUUCUAGUAACCUCAGACUGCAGUCUAGUUAGAAAGUAAGUGGUUGGAGACCCUCUAAAGGGCAUGUGUGGGCUGCACGCGGGGGGAGAGGAAGGAGUUUAAGGAGAACACGUUUUCAUUCCUGGAGCGCAGGCAAAGCUCAUUUCGGUUUCCCGUUGGGAGUUGGCUUCAGAAUGAGAAGCCAUUUACCAUUUACAGUUUGUCUGUGAACAAGAACACAGUCUUCUUUGUUUUUUGUGUUCUCAUGCAGAAUGUUUUGUCACAGGAUAAGAGGAACAUGCCCAGUCUUAGGGCGGAUUUGUACAUUUGUGUUUCUGAUACGUCAACGCCACUAGGAGAUCACUUAUUUUACAAAAUCACUCUUAACAGAAUUUUAUCACAUUAGUUUUUAAAGUUUUGGUUUUUUAAUCGUGUGACUUUACCAGGUCCUAAAGUAAGAGUAGAAUCAGAUUUUAGCUCAAACAGAAAAAUAUUUCAUAUUAUUACCCAUCAGCAGACAUCACAUUAUUAGGAGCCAAAAUGGCCAGAUGCCUGGUCCUUUGCCAGAUAUGUUUAAUAUGCAACUGGCAAAGCUCCAGCUAUUCACCACUGUUACAGAGCCUGAACUAUCCUGCUCUAGAAUCUAGAUAAUCUGGAUCUGGCCUUUGUCAGACACAAAAGACCAGACUUGUUUUGUAUUUGGUCUGCUCUUGUAAUUUUGCCUGGAAAGGAAUAUGGCACCAGUAGCUGGAGAAUAGACACUGGUAUUAUUGAAGGGAUAACAAUAUCCAUUGCUUUAUAGUAGUCCAAAACGGAACCAUUUGCCCAUCCCACAUGGAGGUUGAAGUGGGUAUUGAUAAGAGAAUAUAUUAAUUAUAUUUAAUCCUCUACAAUCCCACAUGUAUCGGCUAGCAAACAAAAGAAAAAUGGCUUGUGCCUGUUUGCAGGGCUUGCAAAUAAAGAACUCCAGUAGCAAAGUUUAAAUCCCGUCAUGAGACAGAUUUAGUGAAGCCUAGGGACAGGCUUUUAAGCCUUUUAAAACAUUCUAGCUACUUGAGGCAGCUGACUUCCUUUUAAUCCUGGUGCAAAGAAACAGAUCACACACUAAAGUAAGUUUAAAAUAUAAUUUACUUACAGGCAUGCAUUGUCCUUAGCAGCAAAUAAAAUACAGGUAAAUGUUAUUGGGUAGAAAUUCAGCAAAGACAGCUUCAGAGACAUUUGCUGCCUUGUUUGCAAUGCUGAGAGAGAGAGCGGGGGCGGGGAGAGAAAAGAACAGGAAACAAGUCUUACCUCAUCCCUUUCACUGAACCUUAACUGGUCCUUAAACCCUUCAUGUUCUAACUAUCUUUGUUAGGUUUGGCUGCAAAUCUCCCACAUUUUUGUAUCCUCCACAAUACUUUUUUUCAGUGGAGUUGCAUAUAAGAGGACCAUACAGGAAUAUAUGCUUUCCUAUCCCUAAAAAUCAGCUUCAUUUUUCUUAUCUGCUAAUGCAAGCAAACAAAGGCAAAGCUGAUGAAAGGAAUAUUGCUACAUCCAUGGGUGUUAACUUAGCAACAUACACACAUACGUUUCUGUAUUACUGUUUUGCACGCAACAUAAAAUUAUCCUGCAGGAUUGGAUGUUGGGUGUUUGUCCGUGCCUUUGAUCCUAUGCAGGGUCUUUUUUUUUUUUUUUUUUUGGUAUAACUGGAAAACUUCCAAGGGCCAAAUGCUAGUAAUAGCGCCAGGUUUUAGUUCACUUCCCAAAUCCCUUUUAGAAUUAUAUUCCAGCAUUUUCCAUGCUUCAGUGGUAAAAGUUGAUCGAAUUGAACAUAGUUCAAUAGUAAAGAACAUGGGUCGGCAAACUAAGGCCCGGGGGCCAAAUCUGGCCCAAUUGCCUUCUAAAUCUGGCCCACAGAUGGUUCAGGAAUCAGUGUGUUUUUACAUGAGUAGAAUGUGUGCUUUUAUUUAAAAUGCAUCUCUGAGUUAUUUGUGGGGCAUAGGGAUUCCUUCAUUUAUUUCCCCCCUAAAAGUAUAGUUCGGCCCCCCCACAAGGUCUGAGGGACAGUGAAAAAGUUGAAGUUUGCUGACACCUGGUAAAGAACAACAAAGCACAAUGACAUGCAUUGAUAAAAUGUUUUUCUGGACUGAUUGUUUUUUUAAAAGGGCAUUUCAGUUUGACUUGGGUGUACUGAUGUGCUGCUAUCUUUACAGCUCUCUUUGUGAGGCAAAACAUUAUUACUUAGCUUGUCGAUAUUCAUGUAUCAAAACGUUCUGCCUUUGCUAACAUAAAGCUUUUUGGAUCCCUUUUAAACUGGAUCUUGAUUACAGCAUAUUUAUUAUUUUCCAGUUAUUUUUUGCCCUUGGAAUUUUGACAUGACUCUGUGCUAAACACUAUGACCUUUCUGGGACAAGCAGUCACCACUGCAGCUGCCACUUAACCUCCAUUUGUGUCAAUGGUGUUUGAGCUAACUCUAUUGAUAUGAAAGGGGCUGCAAAACGGCUUGAUGGACUGUGCCAAAUGCACACCGUUUAUAUCUAUCCAUUUUGCAGUGACUGACUGCUGGCUUCCCGAGGCAACUGACGCUCUCAGCUUUCCAACUCUCGUACAGAAUCUGAUAACCGACAUAAUUUCUCAAACAGAAAUGCAUGAACAAUUGGUGCUUUUAACGGUGGGCACUGUCCUGGCUAUUGUCCAACGCAUGCAGCCAGAGGCUCUUGCUUAUAAGCAAGAGAUAUUAAUUCAGGCAAGUAAUAGCACAAGCUCAUCAGCACAAUUCAGGAGUUCAGGAGUGAGAAGUUCAGAAGAAACAAAGGUGUCCCAAGAAGUUCUCACACCCCUACUGCCAAGCUUUAAAAGACAAGGUAUGACACACACACACUCAAAGGAUUCCCUUGCCUUGUGAGAAUGCCAAAAUUCCAAGCACAUUUUCUGCUGGGGCGAGUGGAUCUGCUCCCAUUUGCAAAGGUGCUGCCUGGUUCUAGGUGACAAGAACGCACCAUCCUGUUCUAGCUGCAGUUCAGUCACAACCUUCUCUUGGUCAUCCUCCCCCUUCAGCUGGUCGAAGCCCUCACCUGCCUCCACGAAGGCUAUGAGCUCCAGAGGAAAGCCAGAGGAGAGAGCUGCCAUCAUUCCUUCUCCUCCCAAAGUGACUGAAGAUGGUGUGGGAAGGGGAGAUCUCCCCUCCUCCAACCCAAGUUGGAACUUUGAAGGACCCCAUGAAUGAACAUGAAUGAACAGUCAUGUAGCCAUGGAACCAUGGUUAACAUUAUCCAAAACUGUUUAGAGGGCCAAGAAAAUCAACCAGGUCGUGCUUCCGCUGUUUCUCUCCUGGAAGAUGUAAUGAGUUGAUGCUAUUUUUGUAGAAAAAGAGGAACUCACCAGGAAAGCCUCCCUUGUUCUCUUAUAAUGGCAAUGGUGUCCAUCUGAGAAGUGCCAGAAGUGAGUUGAGUUCUGGAUGGAAAAAGAAAAACCCUGUACAGUCAAACCUUGGUUAUCGAACAUAAUCCAUUCCGGAAGCCCGUUUGGCUUCUGAAAUGUUCAACAACUGAGGCACAGCUUCCGAUUGGUUGCCGGAGCUUCCUGCACUCAAGCAGAAACCGUGUCGGAUGUCCGGCUUCUGAAAAAUAUUAAAAAACCGGAGCAUUUACUUCUGGGUUUUUGGCGUUCAGGAGCCAAAACGUUCCAAAAUGAAGGCGUUCGGUAUCUGAGAUUUGACACUAAGGAGUCAAGGUGACCAAGGCUGAUCUGGUCCCAAACUGGAGCCUAAAGCGAAAAUGAGAUGGGUCAAGACUGUCAGUCUCUCCAAGCACAUCUGAAGCUGACCUCUACCUCUCCAACUUGUUUGACAGAUCCUCUUAAUAAUCCCCAGGCUACUGCUUCAGGCCUUGUUCGUUCUACAGUACAAGGAACUGUUUCAUUGUUCAAGGAACAUCUUUUGCACAUUGCAGUAUAAGUAAUGCUGACUACUGCAUACUUUUCAUUCCCUCCCACCUUCCCACCCUCCAUUUUGGGGCUCGUCAGGAAAAGCUGGUGUCAGCAGCCUCAUGUCCAGAACCCUCGACAUCUUUUGCAGAAUGUGUCACAUUAAUUGUCUUCAGAGAUGAUGGUGCUUUAGACUUUACUUGCUGGGUGCCAAAUAACCUGCCACCUUGGGAGCCAGCAAUGUUGCUGGAACGUAUUUUAAUGUUCAAAACAAGCUAAGUCCAUUAUAAUUUUGGCAUUAGCCUGAACUUAUUUGUUGUACAGUAACAAGGCAAACGCUUCUAGUAACAUAAUCGUGAUUUAGCAACUAUAUUGUGAGUUGGUGCAGAUUUGCAACUUGUAGAACUGCAUUUACACUUGUACGUUCUAUACAGUAUUGGAUUUGACAGGGUAAGUGUUGAUACAACAGUAUUUGUUUUAAAUUGUAUCCCACUUUGUCUUCAAAGAGAAAGCAAAGUGGCUAACACUAAGACAAUAUAUAUUUUUUAAAAAAUAAACAAACCAGUAAUACAUAUAAAACAACAAAGAGUAAAUACGGCCAUCAACUAAAAACCUCCACCAAAAAAAUUUAAUUAAUAAUACUUUGCAGUGGUGGGGAGGGGGCAAAAUCAAACUGGCAGGUCAGAUGCUACUGGAAUAUUCAAAGUUAUAAGUAAAAAAAAUACUUAGCUCAGUACUUAGCUCUUUUCAUAUCAGCUAGGAUUUUUUAAAUGAAAUCUAUCACUAAAAAUAAGCACAAACUGAUUCAGCUUACGCUUCAUGACAAAGUCUAUGUAAUAGACAGUAAUUAUAACGUAUUUUUUUUAAUGAUAUUUAUUGAAAAAUUUUUAGAAUUACAGAAAAGAACACAGCAGAAAAAGAAAAAAGAGAAAACAAAAAGAGAACAAACCACAUUAAACAAUGUAGAUUCAAAAAACAAAAAUACACCACAAACAGAUAAAAACAAGUCCAUCAUUCUCGAAUCCUCAACUUUCAUUACCUUCUUUCUUUGACCUCCUCCUCCUCCCUUUUUUUGUAUCCUAGUUAUUAAUUAUCGCAGCAAAUCCUUUCCAUAUUUCAUAAUAUUCUGUCAUUACAUUAUCUUAAUCUAUUUUCAUCUUAUCUUAUAGAAAACCUUAAAACUUAAAACUUAAAUCUUAUUUUUACCAACUUCUCAUAACCAUAGUAUUCUUACCUAAUUCAUUAGACAUUUUUGCUAGAGCCAAGUAAUUUCGUUCCAACAUUUUUCUAACAUUCAUCAAUUUUAUAAAACAAUCCUAGUAAUAAUAAAAAAAAAGAGAUAAGAACAAUCCAAUCUUCAUCCAGCGUCCCUUCCUCCUGGUCCCGGGUUUUGUCAGUCCUUUUUAUCCAUUGAUCUAGCGCAUUAACCUGGUAACUUUAUAUCCGAGGCCCUUAAGUCUCUUCCAUGUCCCUUCCGCGGCUCUUCUUCAUAUUCUCCUUUCACUCGUGGGAACUCCAGCUUGAUAAUGUUUUUGACCCUUUUCAACAAAUCAGCCCCUUUUCCAAAGUCCAGACUAAACUCCAUGUGGUAUUUGAAAACAUGUUUCAGAAUCCCUCCAAGAUUAAGAGCCCCCACAGCCCCAAAUAUCUCACGGCCCAUUGCCAGACUUGGAAAGUCCAAACAUCCCUGCAUAGGGGGGUCUAUCCAACCCCCCAUUUCCAAACCAGUCCAAACUUUAUCUUUCCAAAUCUGGCUUUUUCCAAGUUCAUUUGUCAAAUCCAAAAGCUCAUGUUCCUGCAGGGCCACAGCUCCCUCCAUCUCUGGCGCCCAAGAUUCAGCAACAUCCUCUUCUCUAAUUAUAACGUAUUUUUGUAAGCUUUGCUUUUGUAAGUUCUUGCUGCAAGAAUUAGAACUCCACAAACCCCUGUGCACACCCCAAACACAGUGUGCAUCAUUUAAAUAGACACCACCUAUCAAAAAGCAGUUGGAGCUGUAGAAUGGAUCUGUCUUAAAACUCUUUGCAAUUGAAUUGUCUCUUAAGAAAUGGCAGGAUACGCUAGUAAAUUACUAAAAGAAGACAUUUCCAGGAAGGGUGGUCUGUUUCCAAAAUAAAGUGCGAUUGCUGGGAUAGCUCAGUUGGUAGAGCAUGACUUAGGGUCGUGGGUUUGAGCCCCAUGUUGGGCAAAAGAUUCCUGCAUUGCAGGGGGUUGGACUAGAUGACCCCCGUAGUCCCCUCCAACUCGACAAUUCUAUGAUUCUAACUUUGCCCUUUUAUCAGAACAUAUACAGUGUUGGGGUUUGCUUUAACACUUGUGACAGUAUUACCUAGAGAUAGUUAAAUUAUCUACUGUAGGUGCUAUCCUCUCCCAGAAGUGGAAUAGCUCCAACAUGACUUACGCACAUUUUUAUCAAUUAGUAUAUAAUAGGUCCUAAUAUUUAUGGACCAUCCUGUUAAAAAAAGGGGGGCAUGCAAUCUAGCAAUUGUAAUACCCAGUUUGAGUAUUACAAGUGGAUCUCAUCACUCUGCUCUCAGUUCAAUAUGGUAGGAGCAAUAGACAUUAGAAGCUUACAAUGCAUCUUCUUGCCUUGUUGGUUUGGGGUACCACGUCCAGUUCCGGGCACCAUUUUCUAAAAAGGGCAAUGGCAAACUGGAAUGUGACUGGAGGGUGAUCUGGUGAGGAUCUGGAAACUAAGUCUGAUGAAGAAUGGUUAGAAGAACGGUGUAAAUGUAUCUGGACAAGAUUAAAGGUUACAUGAUAACUGCUUUCAAUAUACAGUGGUACCUCGGGUUACAUACGCUUCAGGUUACAGACUCCACUAACCCAGAAAUAGUACCGAAUUAAGUACUUAACCCGAGGUAAAGGUAAAGGUACCCCUGCCCGUACAGGCCAGUCUUGACAGACUCUAGGGUUGUGUGCUCAUCUCACUCUAGAGGCCGGGAGCCAGCGCUGUCCGCAGACACUUCCGGGUCACGUGGCCAGCGUGACACGCUGCAUCUGGCGAGCCACUUUAGCUAAUGGGGCCUCCCACUGUUGCCAUGCCGUCAGAGCAUGAUUUCUGUUCUCAUCCUGAAGCAAAGUUCUUAACCCGAGGUACUAUUUCUAGGUUAGUGGAGUCUGUAACCUGAAGCGCAUGCAACCUGAAGCGUAUGUAACCCGAGGUACCACUGUACUGGACAUCAAUUACAUCUGUCACUGAUGCUGCAGCUGCAUUGUAGAUCAUCUACUGAGCAGGGUGUUGGGCUAAAGACAUGCAAACCCUCAUUCCAACUCUAUGAUUUUACUCAAGUAUGUUCCACAUAAAUAUGUUUUCCCCCCUUAUAGAUUCAUGGCAGACAUCAUUUUGGGCAGCUGCUGCAUGCUCGUCCUGGUCUGCUUCCAAGUUCUCUUCGCAGAUGUUCACAGAGGACAUUACAUUGCUGCUGUGUACGAACAUCGUGUCAUCCUGAAUCCCAAUCCAACAGCUAUUACCAGUCGACGGUCUGCAUUACAGCUGAUGAACAGAAACCUAGACAUUUACGAAGAGCAAGUAAUUGCUGCUGUUAAACAGGUACCACAGUAAUUAAUCACCUUGCAAACAUUUUAAGUAACAUGUGCCUUAGAGAUUAAUUGGUUUAUUGUUACAGGAGCUGUUGUAGGCAUAUAUACUGUAUUGGAGGUUCUGGAUGAAACAGAAUCUUGAGCAAGUUCUUCCAGAGUCACAGAGCUCCUGUGUUUUUCUUCUAUAAUGGCUUUUCCUUUGAGACUAUUAGUGAAUAACCUACUAGGAUGUUGAAGAGACAGCAUCUUAUCUUAGCUUUUUAAAUUUUAGAUUCACUGAGAAUGUGAUGAUUUGAACAGGAUGCACUCAUACUUUCCCCUGUGAAGGUGCUUACCUUUGAAGUAUCUGAGCAUCACUGGGUUGUCUUCCCGGUUUUACUUCUGUGAAAUGGGCAUUUUGUUGUGCUUUAUGGGGGCAAGUAGGUGGUUUGCUAGCUGAGGCUCAGACCUAACCUCUGCCUUUUGAUUAGUUUUUCUGAGCAACUUACAUAUUGUUUAUGACUAUUGCAGCAGUGCCCACAAGUUUCAAAUUUCCAAAUGGGCACACGGGCCUAAAGAAAGUUGGGGACCCCUAACAUACAUCCUGCUAGGAUGCCCUGCACCUGCAACUGAAGGUUUUCCUAACGCAGUGAAUCCAGCACACAGUUACUUGUGUGGUGUUUGCUACUGAAGUCAAUAGACAUACAAGAACACAGAGCUCUUGAGCCUUAGCAACAUGUUGAAGCAGCCACCACGCUGCUUCAAGAAGGCAAGGAUCCCCUUUAAAAUCUGCUUACGAUACAGCUUUCGGUGUCUAAACGCUAUGUUUCCUUCCAAACCAGUUGAAUCAUUUCACACUUCCAAACAGUUCUGGUGUAAAUCCCCAAAGCUUUGGUGAAAUUGCUUCUGGGCAAGAAGUUUGUGGAUUUUAGCCAAAUAGAAACUGGAGAGUGUUUUGUGAUCAUUCCCUCAUUUCCACCGUAAAGCCACAUAUGAGCUUCUAAUUCAUAGUACUGUAGUAGGUUCAAGGUCUUACAACUAUCUUUUAAAAAAAAACACAAUUUAAAUGGAAGUAACACAGUGUUCUUGUGUGUUUUGAUUAUCAGUAAUACUUGAAUGAGAUUAAUGCAAUCUGCACAAGCAUUUAAGUCUUCUUAAAGAAAUUUCAAGGCACCUUUCCUUUUUUUUAUUCUGACUGAAAGCUGUCUUUUUUAUUUUUGUUUGCUAUCAGGGAGCACAGAUAAUUGUCUUUCCUGAAGAUGGAAUUCAGGGCUUCAACUUCACCAGGACUUCUAUUUAUCCUUACUUGGAUUUCAUUCCAUACCCUGACUCUGUGACAUGGAAUCCAUGCAAAGAAGAAUACUUGUUCAAUGACACAGAGGUAUCUGUUAUAACUGUUGCAGAACUGGAAAAAACGGGAUAUUCUUUGCUUUAGUGGAAUAUAUAAAGUGACACUCUGUUCCUUAGUGAUAUUUUGCUGCUCAAUUUCACUAGCGCUUUCUGUCACACUGCCUGAUGCAAUAUUGGCAUUGCAUCUCAAAGCAUUUUUGUUUACAGUAAAUUUCAAUCUCUAAGUAUGAAGUUAAGGUUAAUGCAAAUGCAAUCAAACUGCCAAUUUCUGUAAAUGCACACCCAUUGAUUUCUAUCACUUAACUAUGUUUGGCUGUUAAUAGAUCUCCUACCUGCUACAGGUACCAAGCACAAGCACAUUUAAACUUACUUUUUGCAGAGAACUGCAACUAAGUUAAGAUGGAAAUGCCAUAACAUGUUUUCCCCUGAAGAUUUAGAAUGUAUUUGGAGCUAACACAACAGUUUCUGAACAGAACAAUGUUUUGUACAUUCAAACUACAUAUGUAGGUUUCCAUUAAAAACAACAAACAAAACCCAACUUUCUUAUUCUAAGCUAGACAACUGUUAUGAGUAAGUAUAAUAUGAUUUUCAAGAAAUCUGUGGUUUAGAUCAUUAUAAUUCUGGAAAAUCUACCCUGACUCCACCCAAGCCUUAGGUCUUUUGUGUGCAGCAGAAGAAAUUCUGUAUGGUGCACUACACAAGGAUCACAGACAACUCUGUCAGCUGUGGCAGCGUUGAUCACUUCCUCAGCUGGACCUAGAUUCAGUUUGUGGUUUGAGGACCCGAUCCCCGCAAAGUGGAAUGAAUACACAAGGACACGUGAUAUAAGGUUAAUGGGCAAGAAAAGGCCACAACUUUAUUGAUUACAGCAAGUGAAAAGGUAUUGGCUUAGGCAUUGGAUUACGUCAGCUGACUCCACCCCCUCAGAGAGGGGUGAGUCUAAAACAAGGGGGGUUUAUUCACCAGUAGGUGGAGCCUGUUGAUGCUAAUCCAACUAUAGGCUCUCCCCUAAUGUCACCGAGGGUCGUGCCAUGAACUCCCGCCAAGCAGGCAUCGGACAGAGUACACGACCGCCGGAUUCCUUUAACGGAAUACCCAAAAAUUGAAGGCGUAGGCGAUGGCCACACCUAGCCCUUCCACACACCACAACACAUUAUUCCAAUGCCUAACCUACCCACCAAUACCACGAAAGUUGUGACAAUUGCUACGAGGUAGGCAAAAAAACCAAAAAGCCUAAUGCCAAAUGGAAAAAUUCCUACCAGGCCCCCGGACAACCAGGGCGACCAACCUAAGGUCCAUAGCAAGGCCAAAGAAAACUAAGACCCUGAGCUCAAGGGAGUGGAGGGUGGGUGACUUGUGACGGGACGACGAAGACUGAGGCCGAGGAGGGGCUGGCGCCGCAUUUAGGCUGCUGUACACGCCCCCUCGGAGGCACCUGGUUGGGUGCCUGCCAAUGGGCACAGGCACACACACGGUGGUGAUACAGGGGUCAGAUUGCUCUGAGGACAUGAGAGACUCAGGCAGGGAAUAAUACAGCUAGCGCCACUGUAGCGGGGACUCACACACACUCCACACGCACACGCAGUGACGAACCCAAAGUCGCACUGCUGGAAACGGAAAAAACAACUGGCGGCAGGGUUGAGAAGGGGAGGGGAAGACACAAAUGGGUAGCGCUAAAACAGCCAAGAGGACGAAGGAAGCUCAAUGAAUUGCAACAACAACAGCAAAGCAACCCGCCAAUAUAGGGAGCGAACCGAGAUGUGCUCUCCGUGCUCUCCUGCCUGUGCGCGUUUUCCCUGUUUAGCCAAGAGCUCAGAGGCUCUUACUUUUCCAUAUUGCGUGUAUCUCCCUACUUUGGGCUUAUCAGCGCUCCUCCUUCCUGAAGAGAAUUGUUUGGCGCGGUGCGCAGAACUGUAUGGCACUUACAAUAGUCAUAUAUUACAUUUAUUACCAGGUGUCUAUCAGAAUGUGUAUAGCCUACAGAUCACGAAGCACAUAGCUGCAAAUGUUACAUUUGGGUUUGGUUUACCCCACAGAACGUGAUUUUUUGUGUAACGCUCACCCCUGCUAGAGUAAGCUGAAUUGAUAAGAUGAUAGCUUUCUUAGGUUGAAAUCCUACACAUGCUUAUUUGGCAUAAGUCCCAUCGAACCCAUAGUGUCAUAGAAUUGUAGAGUUGGAAGGGACCCUGAGGAUCAUCUAGUCCAACCCCCUGCAAUGCAGCUGGUCUAUAUGGGGAUCGAACCCACAACCUUGACAUUAUCAGCACCCUGCUCUAACCAAACGAGGCUUACUAGUAAACAGAGAUGUAUACAGCCGUGGUGUCAAUUAUAUUGCUGACAGAAUAUGCAGGAUCUUAUAAAGUUUCAAGUUUUUAAGUGUUGCAUUUUCUUUCAAAAUCAGUUGAAUAAAAAAACUAAUAAUCUUUUUGCAUUUGAUAAAAAUUUCCCUACUUUAAAAAAAAACCAAGAGUGUCUACUGUCACAAGGUUGACUCCAAUGAAGUCAUUGCAUGAGUGGAACAACUUCCCCAUGUGCAGCAGAACAUCCUCUCUCCCCUCCACCUGUUCCCUCCCCAAAUCUGCUUGGUGGGGGACCCAGAGCAGAUGCAGAGGGGGCUCUGUGAGGGAAGGAGAGACCAAAGUUGCAUUGCACAAACGGAAGUUGUUCCACUUGCAGAAUGGCUGUCCUGAAUACAACCUAAAGAGAGAGAUGCUGCCUCUUCCGGUGGUGCCAAAAUUAGAUCUGUCAGCCACUUAAAAUUUAUUUAACUAAACAAAAAUGCAGUGCUUUUCAUUUCUCAAUAUUACAGUCCCUCUAACAAUAGCAUUCUGAGGUAAUUAAUGAAUAGAGAAGUUUCAGCACAGUGAUUUAAUGUUUUGGAGAUAAGUCCAAAACAUGUUGCCAAAAUCAGGAAAUGACCACUGAAGGCUUCAGUCAUCUCUGCACACUUACUUCUGAGUAGAGAUGUUCAAGACUACAUCUUUCACAGACACUGAACAUCUUUUCAUAGGGAACCAUUAUAUAUAUAUAUUUUAAAUAAUAUUUAUUAAAAGUUUAAGAAUUAAAGAAAAAAAUAAAAAAAGAAAAAGAAAAAAUAAACAGUACAAAUCGACACAUUACAAUACAUAUACAUAAAAAAGAAAAGCAUAAAAAAACACGAUACAUCAAAACAAAAACAAAAGCAACAACAGUUAAAAACAUAUCCAAUAUUUCCAUAUCUUUAUCCUUCAUUAACUUGUUUCAUCGACCUCCUCACACCUCCCUUUUUGUAUUCUAGUUAUUAAUUGUUUCAGCAAAUCCUUUCCAUCUUUCGCUAUUUUCUAUCAUAUAAAUAUCAUAAUUUAUUUUAACCUUAUCUUACCGUUAAUACCCUAAAACUUAUUUGUACUUAACUCCUUAUAACAUUUCUACUAAAGCCGUAUAAUUUCAUUCCAACAUUUUUCUAACACUCAUUAAUUUUGCAACAUUUCUCUAAAUAAUUUUUUUUAAAAAAAAAUUAUGCUUUUUUCCCCCAAUCCUCUUCCACCGUCUCCUCUCCCUGGUCUCGGAUUCUGUCAGCCCUUUCUAUCAAUACCAUAUAGCCCAUUAACCUGGUGACCUUCUGUCCGAGGCUCUUAACUCUCUUCCCUGUCCCUUCUGCAGGUCUUCUUCAUAUAUAUCCAUGCACAUUACUUUGUCUUCUGCUGAUCUUGUUCUUAAUUUCCUUCCUUUGGCACUGAGGAGUAGAUCUCGGGGGAGCUCCAACCUAGCAAUGUCUUUAUUCCUUCUCAACAGGUCAGCCCAUUCUCCAUAGUCAGAACUAAAGUCCAAAAGAUAUUUCAGAGCGCCACUCUCCCCCUGACCCAAAUCCAGGUCCCAAAGGCCAGAGCAUCCCUGCAUAGGAGGAUCUAGCCAACUUUCCUUCUCCAAUCCAAGCAGGGCUCCAUCCCACCAAAUCUGACUUUCUCUAGAUUCGAUCAUAAAAGGCAACAGCUUAUGUUCAUCAAAUUGCCUCUGGGAGGCCGGGGCUCCCUCCACUUGAAUUACUUGAGAUUCAACAACAACUUUCUCCUUCAUCUUCUCUACAGCUUGCCAUGUCAAAACAGAUUCCUGGGUCAAUUCCUGAGUAAUUUCUGUAUAGGUAUUCCCUUUUUGUCCCAACUCGGUCAAUUUUUGUCCCGAAUUGUCAAUUUUAGUAAUCCUCACAUCCAUCUUCUCAUGAAGCUGUUCCAAUAAAGCACUUGUCUUGCAAAAUGCAAUCACUAGGGCUUCUUCUGUCAACAUUCUUGUCCAAGGUCAAACUCUAGUUCUCACACUCUUUAAUCUCUGCAGCUGGAAAAUUCCCCAGCUCCACUCCUGCAACAGUUCCAAAAGCUCCCUCUAAAGGAAACAAUUUCUAUUUGUAUCCAUUCUUUUAAGCACAGAUCCAGCCACCGAGCUAGUUUCAAUUUUCAGUUACUUUUUUUCCUCCUUUUUAAAUGUAAAAGGAAGCAAUUGAAACAAUGUAUUACUCUUAUUUAACUAUCUGUCAACAUCGUUUUAUUCUCAGUCAAUGAACUUUCCCAAAGCGUUAAUCUUACUGACAGUCGGUUCCCAGGUUCAAAACGGUGGUGAUUUAUCUUUCUUCACUCUCUCUCCUGCAGGCUUAAACAAUAGAAUUUCCCCCCUCUUCUCCUGCUUCCAAGGGGGGUUUAGUUAUUUUAACCGAUGGAGAUUUAAUCCUUUACAGAAAACUUUCCAGGCUUUAGCUUGCAACGUCUUUGCUUUACUCUGUUUACAAAAGAGGAAGGCGGACUUCCUGUUUGAGACCUUCCUGUUUCGAUGCCAAAUUAUGAAGUUUAGAAAUCCAAUUUUCCGUUCUACUCACGGGUAGUUGUUUAGAGUCCAAUUGUCCACAGGAAAAAGUCAGCGCUCUCCGGCAACAGCAAUGCGGCUUCACUCCAUGAAAGAAGCAGUUGAUUCGAAGCACCGUGCCGCUCACCCCACGUCGCUCCGGAUCCCCGAAACCGGGUUUCCCCGCGAGUAGGGGAGGCGCAAAAGGUGCCAGCCGAAUCCCACGUCCACAGGCUUCUCCCGCCUGUGGUUUUUAGUGGGUCUCCGCCUCGCCGUGGUGGUUCAGACCCUAAUUUCCACGGAGCAGAUUCCUCCCAGUCAGAGGAAAUCCGCCAUUGCCAGAGGCGCUAACCUGGAAGUCCCCAUAGGGAACCAUUAUAAAGGGGGGGGGUCCAUAUAUACAAGUAUACAUGUUUAAUCCAAGAGCCAAUUAAUAGGACUGCUCAAUGCUUAUAUCUAUUGAUGCAACAGAAUAUGUAUUUACUUUUUUGCCCCCUAGGUUCUGCACCGACUCAGCUGUAUGGCACUGAAGAAUCAAGUGUUUUUAGUGGUAAACUUAGGAACCAAGCAGCCCUGCAAUCACAGUGAUCGUCACUGCCCACCAGAUGGGAGAUACCACUUUAACACAAACGUAGUAUUUAGUGACAGUGGUACACUCAUAGCCAGAUACCGAAAACAAAACCUGUAUUUUGAACGUGCCUUUGAUACUCCGCCAGAAGUAGAUUACACUGUUUUUAAUACGCCUUUUGCAGGCAAAUUUGGAGUUUUCACUUGCUUUGACAUCCUGUUCUAUGAGCCAACAGUGAAGCUUAUCAAGAAAUACAAUUUAAAACAGGCUGUGUAUCCUACUGCAUGGAUGAACCAGCUUCCGCUGCUGUCUGCUGUAGAAUUUCAACAAGCAUUUGCAGUUGCUUUCAACAUCAAUCUUUUGGCAGCGAAUAUCCAUCGUCCUGACCUGGGUAUGACAGGGAGUGGUAUAUACACACCAUCAGAAUCAUUCAUUUAUUAUAACAUGGAGAACGAUAAAGGCAAGCUUAUAGUGGCCCAAAUCCCUAUUACAUCAGGGCAUGAAACCAACAAUAACAUGCAGACGAGUUUUUCAAACUCCCCUAUGGACCAUCAGAUUUGUCGUAAGGAGGAUCAAGAAGCCCACUGUGAAAAAGCUGAGAAAGGAGCCCAGGAAGCUCCACCUAUAUUUCAUGGCGAAAUGAUGUAUGACAAUUUCACUUUUACGCCCAUAAUGGAAGCUGAAGGAGAGAUCCAGGUCUGUUCCAAUACUCUGUGCUGUUCCUUAAGUUACCAGAGACUGUUUGUAUCAAAGGAACUCUAUGCUUUAGGAGUAUUUGAUGGCCUUCAUACAGUUCAUGGGACAUACUAUGUACAAGCUUGUGCGUUAGUGAAGUGCGGCACCCUCGACUAUACGAGUUGCGGGCAGGAAGUCACAAAGGCUACUGAACGGAUAGAUUUUCAGCUGCAAGGGAAUUUCAGCACUGCUUUUGUCUUCCCUCUCUUGCUGAAGUCUGGCAUUACUCUGGACUUUGCGGACUAUCUGGGGUGGGAAAAGAACCACUAUGUCAUGCAGAAAAAGGGAGCAUCUUCUGGCUUAAUAACGGCCGGUUUAUAUGGACGAUGGUAUGAGAAGGACUAAAACAAGCAUUUGGUGCAACCAAAAGUCGCGUGCCAAAAUGAAUGAUUCAGGACCUUGCUUAAUAAAAGGAGAUUAUUGUCCAAUGGAGUUCUUGACUUGAACUAUGUAUACCUGAAAAGUAAUUUUAGGUUGCAUGAAUUCAUAAAGGUUCUUUAUCAAUGAAGUGAAGGACAUGAGGCAGG